AACAGUGAUUUGAUUUUUCUUCCCAGGAUGUUUUUCCAACGGACUUUGGGCCUGAUUAUGACAGCGCUCUGCAGGUGCUAAUGCUGGAUUUCCUGUCCAGACUGGAGAAGCUUCUUCCAGUACCAGACAUCCAGCAGACUGCAUCCAUGCUCUGUGCUGUCCCAUCUGCCCUGGAGGAAUGUGUUCACUCAGUUCCUGACCCACAGCACCUGAAAACUGUGCUCCUGUACCACACAACACUUGGACAUUUCGAUUUUUCUGAUGAAACUCAGAGCAUUCCAUCUUCAUUUGGGAACUGCAUCCUCUCUUCAUUGUCCCUCCCUCAGCUGGAGAAGGUCGUAAUCAAUGCAGACCAAAUACAGUUACAGCCUCCAUCAGAGCAGAUGCAGGGUUGUAUGACUGUUCAGGUGGAGGGUGAAACUGUGACUCUGUUGGACUACAUACACAUUGAACAGCCAUCAGGUUUGGUGGAGCCUGAUGAUCAGGAAGAAGAUGACUUAAAAGCGGAGGAAACUGCCAGAGAUGCAGCAGGUGAGAACGUUGGUGACACAUUAAAGCCAGCAGUUUUUCAACCGCUAAAACAAAGCAAAAGGCUGCAGUUAAAAAGAAAAGCUUUAAAAGAAAGAGACUCAGCGUCAGCUAAGAGGCAAAGAAAAAAAUACCCUAACAAUAAGACAUGUCCUGUGUGCAAUAAGACUUUCCUCCGAGCUGCAGCCAUGAGACGACACCAGGAAAUUCAUUCUGCAAAUCGGGAUCUCAGGUACAAGUGCGCCAACUGUGACAAACGAUUCAGGGACCAUUAUGACAUGAACCGACACAACAUGCGUGUUCAUGAAAAGGAGGAGAUGAGCAACAGCACUAAAGAAGAAGACUCUGGGGAUCCGAGCACCUCUGAGAUGGCAGAAAACAAAAAUUGCGGUCUGUGUGGGAAAUAUUUUGCCCGCCGAGUCGACAUGGAGCGACACAUGAAGUCCCAUUCAGAGGACCGCCCAUAUAAAUGUUCUUUCUGUGAGAAGAAAUUCAAGAAUCCUUAUGUCUUAAAGAGACAUCAGAAGGAGAUUUGUAAGAGCAGAGAGCUGAAAAAGCCAAAGAGGAAAGAGAUGCAGCGAUCAAAUCCACAGCCGCCUUCAGAGGCGUCAACAGAGGGUAAAGUCUGCCCCAUCUGCAGCAGGGUCUUACCCUGCACUGCAGACAUCGCAAAGCAUUUACGGUCUCACUCAGAAGAGCGUCCUUUUAUUUGCAUCACUUGCGAGAAGGGCUUCAAGUACAAGGACACUUUGAAGAAGCAUCAGAUCAUUCACGGGCAUGAGGGAAUCCGAGAGGAACAAAGCAAGACUGUGGAGCAGAUUUUGGCUGAAGCAGACACUCAGAACUGUGAUGAUACAAGUAGCCUUGAUAGAAAGGAAACUAAUCCAGAUGCACAUACAGAUACUUGUGAGGAGUCCCCAUCUACACCUGUACAAAAAGUCGGCAAAAAAGCCUUGAAAGUGUGUCCUGUGUGCUCUAGGGCGUUCGACAGCGUCAAAACACUGAACAGGCACAUACAGUGUCACACAGAUGAUCGGCCAUAUCACUGCGUCCACUGCAAGAAGCGCUUUAAACACAUGCACGGGUUGAAAAGACACCAGAUUUAUGCCAUUUGUCACAAGAAAAUCACCCGAUUCUUAUGGAAAAAGGAGCCAAGACCUGGACCCAGCCAAAGUGAAGUGGCCAGUGCCGAGCCCCAACAGGGGCCGCCACUGAAGAUACCCGUGUGGUGUUCAAACUGUGGCAAACACUUUGAAUAUCUGUCCGCGUUGAAGGAGCAUCAGGAAAACGUGUGCAAGGUGGAUGUGAGGGAGAUCAUGAAGUGCGACGACUGCGGGAAAGAAUUUAAGAGCAUGACCAUGCUCAAAGUGCACCAGAGGAUUCACGACCCGCUCUACUGCAAAGAGUGUGGGAAGAUACUUGCCAAUGAGCCAGCUUUCGAGAGGCACAAACUGAUGCACAGGCCGAUGCAGUGCACAAUGUGUGACAAGACUUUUACCUUACUGAGACGCUUGAGGGAACAUUAUGAGAAGCAGCACAACUUCACUGGACCAUACCCCUGUGCACAGUGUGACAAAACCUUCAUCCAGCUGUCCUACCUCGCCAUCCACCAGAGAAUCCACAAAGGAGAGUUCCCAUACAUUUGUAACUUGUGUCCAGAGAAGUUCAGGUCCUCCAACUGUCUGACGGUUCACCAGAGGAAGCACACAGGGGAGAAGCCCUUCCUGUGCUGGCAGUGUGGAAAGUGUUACCGCUCAGCCUCAGAGCUCACAGUCCACAUGGGAACCCACUCAGAGGAGAGGCCUUGGACCUGCACACAGUGUGACAUGGCUUAUCGCACAAAGCUGCAGCUGACGAACCACGUCGAACAAAUCCACAUGGGCGUACGGUAUCCCUGCAACAGUUGCGGGAAGGAGUUCAUGAAAGAGACGUCCCUGAAGAGGCACGAGCUCAUCCACACGGGCGAGAGGCCUCACCAGUGCACAGUGUGCGGUAAGACCUUCCUGACCGCCAACGAGCUCCGACUACAUAACAGGUAUCACACCGGGGAGCGCCCAUACAAGUGUGAAGUGUGUGGCAAGGCUUUCAUCCAGUCGGGAUAUUUGAAGUCGCACAUGCGCAUUCACACAGGAGAGAAGCCAUUCAAAUGUGACAUAUGCGAUAAAGGCUUCAGGUUGUCAUAUCACAUGAAGAAACACAAGCGGACUCACACCGGGAAGCCAAAGAGCUACGUAUGUGAGGAGUGCGGGUUAGCAUUCCUCCAGAAAAAAUCCCUCUGGGAACACUCACUCACUCACAAUGUGAAAAUUGAAUCUUCAUUCACUGAUGAAGUGAGGAUAGAAUUUCAGUAGAAAUCUGUUUAUUUUCAUGCAGGAUGUUUUAUUUUAUACAGUGUUGAAGUUUCCUGUGCGGUCACCAAAAAAACACUUGAUUUCUUGACUUAAUUUGCCCUUUGUUAUUUGAUUUUGACCAAUUUGUCAGUUGAUCUUUUGUUCCAUUUGUUGCAUCACUGUUGUUUCACAUGCUCUGUAAAAUAUGUUGAACUAUAAGGCAUGUAUAUAAUUUCUGCUUACAUUGCUUUUGAAAUAAAGCAGCUUUGAGUGUAAUUCAUGCUCCCCUCAUUUUUGAGUAAAAACUACUGUAAUGAUAAAAUCAAAUAUUUGUAGUUUUGACGAUCGGUUAGUACUUAAAGUAAAAAAGAAGGCCCAAUAGAUACUAGUUUCUCCAGU